CUUGGUGACAUUAUAUCUGUGUGGCCUCUAAGUCCUUGUGUCAUAUUGUAUAGUCUGUAUUUCGCACUCUUUGUCAUUCAUUCUCUUCUAUUAUUUAUUCUUUGCUUUUCUCUGUAUAAUUCAUUCUUUGUCAUUUGUGCCUUGUGGUCAUUGUGCCAUUUGGUGCAGCCUGAGCUAUUCAUUCCGUAUCACCUCUUCCUUGUGGUCUUCCUGCCAUUCUGUGUAGCCCGACUCAUUCAUUCCGUGUCACCUGUACCUACCUUCCAGUGACUGAUCUGAAUUAUGGAGAGCCUGGGGAUCCUGCUCAUCACUGCCAACAUUGGCUCUAUGUCCGAUGAGCCAGGGGAGAUUGAAAAAAACUGGCUUCAGGAAUUCUAUAAGACGGUACAGGAGCACCAGCCGGCUUUCAUAGCUCUUCAUCUGCAGGAGUUCGGGGGGAAGAAUUACCAAGGGAAUAUGGGGUCUGCGGAAACCUUCAUCAGGACGCUAAUACAGAGUGAAGAGAUGUCGCAGUAUGACUGGGUUCGAGCUUUCAUAGACAAUGACUUUAUGCAACCAGACAGCUUUACAGCUCUCGGCUCUGUCUAUUUUAUACACAGCUCUCUACGUACGGUUCAGAUCUAUGACUUUAAAGACAGGAACUUCGUCUCUCUGUCUGGACAGACCAUAUGUAUGGGCUCUCUUGAAGACUGCCACAUUGUGCAUAAGGAGAGAUUCCCACAGGACUUCUGGACCGAGUUUCCCUGGACUCGCAAGGGAUUCAUGAGGACACGUUGGCUAGUCCACAACCGGGUGUUUGAUCUUGUGAACCUCCACCUGUUCCAUGAUGCUUCAAAUCUUGUCUCAUCUGACUGCUCUCCCUCUGUAUAUAGCUCCAACCGUAGGAGAGCAUUGACCCAUGUACUCACUAGGUUAGAGGAUGGCUGCAAUGUACCAUUUUUCCUGUUUGGAGAUUUUAAUUUCCGUUUGAAUUUAAAAAGCCUAAUCCAGGCUCAGGGCUGGUCCCCAAGUUUCACUGGAGAAACAAGCAAACAAACUGUACUAUAUGAACAAGAUGGAGAGGUUCAGCUUGUCAUGAAGUGUAAACGGUUUGAAUAUCAGGAUGUGAAGAUAUUUCAGGAUGACAGUGAACAUAUGCUGCUGCGCUUUGACCAUGAGCCAGUACCAUUUCUGAAUGAGCUGAAUGAGGUCCAGAUCUCCUUCCCGCCCACUUACCCGUUCAGUGAAAAUGUUACAGAACCUUCAGAGUUCAUGGGUACACGAUGUCCAGCAUGGUGUGACCGCGUCUUGAUGUCUCACUCUGGCCGGGCUCUAAUUCAGAAGGUUAAGGAGGGGGAAGACUGUGUGAAGUAUCAGCGGAUUGGAGGAGACGUCUGUAUGGGCGAUCACAAGCCUGUGUAUCUCUACUUUGAGAUGGAGUCACCAUUAGAACUGCCUGACAACUGACAGGCAGACAACUGGAUCACACUACAGAUAAAUGGCGUCGCGGUUCGCUGCAUCAGAUCACUUUUUAUAUAUGUUACCCCCAGAGGUAACUUUGUUUAGGUCUAUCUUUUACAAUCAUUGAUAUUUAUAAUAUUGUUUUGUUUUAUUUAAAAUACAAUUUGUAUAAAGUGCUCUUACUGUAA